UCGCGAGAAAGCGGAUGUCUAGACGUGCAUAAGCAUAAGGACCACUACGCUAUAAAAAUCAUAAAAAGUUGUGUAACAACGACUUUCUGACGACUAAUACUAGUAUGGAAAUUAAUUUCUACCAAUGUAUAUGUAAGGCACUAGAAGACUUCUAUACAACUAGGUAGGAGUUGUAGCAGGUUUUUCUUUGAAUUGGACUCGAGAAAAUGAAGGGUCUCCUUCGCGCUGCUGCCGCAGGACGAACUGGUGCUCCUAAGAAACGUGUCGUAGCCUCCUCGUCCGAAACUGAAUCAUCCACCACGAAAACCGCAGAAACAGCUGGCGCUUCGUGCAUUGAAAUGGGCACUACGACUACCACGAACGGAGGAUCUACAAUCACUCCGUUGCUGACGAGCAUCGCCCUGGACCUACCCACUCCAUCUAGCAGCUCCACUUCCUCUUCCGCCUUACCUUCAAAUCAAAGUAGACCUUUCCCUGACGUCACCGUAGUCCGCAGAGUCAUCUCGCCUGAAGAUGAUGUCGAACUAGCGAAAUUCUUGCGCGGCGAGAAGCGUGAGUGGUCGUGUUACGGCUGUACCUAAUACAUCUUUGGACGUAUCCUUGGAACUACGUAUGGAGGAGUAUCCACCUAAGGGAAUAAUACUCUCCCAUAGUACUACUUUUCAAGGAUGCACUUGAAAGAUGAAUUACGGACCGCUCUAAUGGUGGACACAACUUCGUGGUCGUCGCGUCAUGAAACUCGGUGGCGACGUCACUAGUCGAGGUCUUGAGGAGAUAGAGCCAUUGCCUCCAGUGUUGCACAGAAUAGCCAGACGAAUCGCGGAACGAUUCUUUGUUGACGAAGACGUCGGAGGUGAAGAGUGUGUCACUGACGGAAACGAUGUGAAAACCAGACAACUAGGUGGACUAUCUUCAGAUCAACAAGAGCAUGGUCGUAACAAGAUCAUGAUGAAGAAGAUUCCAAACCACGUCUUGGUAAACGACUACCAACCUGGGGACGGCAUAAUGCAUCACGAGGACGGGCCUUUGUAUCAUCCUGUAGUAGCGAUUCUAUCGUUGCAAUCCUGUGUCCGAUUUGAAUUUGUGCGGAAGGAGGAAACUACUUCGACUUCGGACGAGGUGUCCCAAAACAGUGAGAUCGAAAGAACAGACGAAGACGCUAGUCUUAGGCGAAAAAAAAAUAGGCUGCUGGAAAUCGAUUCUCUUGAUGCAUAUCACGCCAAAAGCACUAGGACGAAAAAGCCUGAAAACUCAGAUUCAUCUCUAGUAAGCAUUCCACUUCCAGCUCGUUCUCUUCUAGUCUUCCGUGGCAAAGCAUACACCGAUUGGAAGCAUGGCAUUGCUUUCACUAGAUUCGACAAUAUUUCAGACCAGGAGUACAAAGAACAUGUCCUACUUGAAGGAGAUGGACGAGAUGAAGAUGGAGAUAGUCCUCUUAAAACUGAUGAACUCGGAGAAAGUGAGUAUUUCCGAGAACAAAACGUAAUGAAACGUGGAACAAGGAUAAGCUUAACUUUUCGUUAUGUGCCGCCGGCAAAAAUUGAUGAAGUUGAAGGAUAGAAAUAAUUAUAAGAAGAUAUAUAUAAUUGCGGAUGGUUAUGGUGUCAGUGUCAGAGGAAG